AUGGAUCAACAGAGCCCUUCGCAGCGGACCAGGAGAACGCCCAACCACGGUAGGAAGAGAGGCACGGCCUGUGAGCGUUGCAAUCGGCGAAGAACAAAGUGCGAUGGAUCUGUUAUCGGUGUACCGUGCUCAGCUUGCAGGAAGAGUGGUCAUCAGCAGUGUGCAUUGAUCCAGUCCAAGCGCCGAAGAGGCCCCGAUGGGAGAUACACCUUGCUGCCUGACAUCGAGUCGCGUCGCAGCUCAGGCAGUCCGGGCUUUGCUCCAAGCAAUGAGGAUGAAUCUAUGGCCUUAACUACUGAAGGCUCUCCGACAGGGGGAGAACACAACAGUAGUUCGAUGCAACAACUGGGCGAUACGACUACCACCAGGCCUGUCUCUGAUCAGCAUGCGAGUCCUAGCACCCAGCCAAGCGUCGUCGGAGAAAGCUGGUACGCUUCCUAUGUCAUGAGAGGUUACACGCCCGGCCACAACAGUGUUCACCGCCCAAUUGGCGAGUGUAACGAAACAGUUCAGAGUGUAACCCGCGACGCAAGAAGGGAAAGCGUCUGCAGUCGACCAUCAUUACCUCGUGAGAAGACGACUCUGUCAGAUUUCCCAUCACCGGACUUGGUAGACCGUCUCAUCAAGGUCUACUUCGACAAGUUCCACGCUUUUUGUCCUAUUCUUGGCAGAAAGUACUUCCUCACGUCUCUCGAGGAUGGGACAAUGUCUGGUACCCUCCUCCGAAGUGUUCUCUUCGUAGCAUCGUUGCAUUGUGAUCCUGAGCUACUGCAUCUCAUGGGGUACAGCACUCGAUGGGAAGCCAACAAUGCUUUGUACAACAAGGCCAGCGCAGCUUUCGACGAAGACAGGGAAUCGAGUCGUACACAUAUGAUACUGUCGUCGUAUCUCCUUCACUACUGGUUCGGAAGUCCGACGGCUUAUCGCGAUUGCCACUGGUGGCUAGCUGCAGCGAUACGAUCCGCGCAGUGUACUGGGUAUCACAGAAGCACUAGAAAUAGCAAGAUGUCACCUGAAGAGAGGUCAAAGUGGAAGCGAAUCUGGUGGUGUCUUUAUGUCCGUGAUCGUCAGAUUGCCAUCUCCACCGGGACACCAAUGGUUAUCAACGAUGAAGAUCACGAUGUCGAAGAACUUUCUGAAGAAGACUUCACUGAAGAAGGCCCGGAGACAGUACAAUACAUCGUAUCACAGGUCAAGUUGAGUAAAGCCAAGGUCAAGCCCGUCCUUGACGCGGCAGCACAAAUAUUUAGCCUGGUAGAGAACUCAUUACUGUUCUGGACACCGGAGCACUUUCCCAUGAUAUAUGUCUCUGCUCUCUUCUCUGCGAUGAUGGCUCUUGCGGUUGAUGUCAAAACAUCAGCGCCCGAAAGUGACCAGAUCUUCGUCAAGAUCCGGCCUGGCUUACUUGCUCUCAAGCAGUUUGAAUCAGUCUAUAUCCUUGCGCGGUGGAUCAAGAACUUCUUCAUGGAUAUCCUAAAUCGCCCACCCGUGGAAGAAGCACAGACACAGCCCACCAACUCAAAUGGAGGCGACGUAGAAUGCGGGGGAACAGGUACGGAGAUGAGAAGUAGAAGCGAAGACCAGGUCCUCGACAUCGAUAUCCAGAGGAACACUGCACCAGCUAAUCAUGCGGCACAUGGUGCGACAGGCUUUGAAGACCAUAACUUCGCCUUUGACCAGAGCUCGGGAUUUGAGGGAGGCGGGUUUUGGCCGACAUACUUGGCAAACGGUGUCUUUUCGGGUGUCCAGUCAAGUGAUGCCAUCGAGUUCCCGCAUCCAGACUCGUUCCAGUAUCAAGCCAUGUACUUUCUAGCCGACCUAGGCAUAGCAAACACUGAGCCUACGGAUUAA